UCUUCCUUAAUUUAUACUUUUUUGACUCUUACUUUACAAAAUCUUGGAGUAGAAUAUUCUAAAAGGUCUUUGUUGACCAAAAGAGCUUUUCUGUUCAUUUCCUCGAAACUACGUCGUUUCUACAACGAAACGCUACCUGUCUUUCUUCCUCAAACUCAACAACCAUUCUUCGAAAAAAAAAUAAAAAUCCAAUCUUUAAUAAAACCCAAAACCCAAAUCUUUUCCCAGAAAAUUGGGCACCAAAUUUUCCCGAGAAAAUGGAGAAUUCCACCCAAGAAUCCCAUCUCAGACCCGACAAUUCGGUAACCUAUGAUUCCCCUUACCCAAUGUACGCCAUGGCUCUUUCCUCAACCCAAACCCAAACCCGAAACCACCGAAUCGCUGUCGGAAGCUUCAUCGAAGAAAUCUCUAACCGUGUUGAUAUUCUCUCCUUCGACCCAGAAACCCUAACCCUAAAUUCCCAACCUUCGCUUUCCUUCGACCACCCAUACCCUCCCACGAAGCUAAUGUUCCACCCUUCUACACUCCAAAAAUCAUCCGACAUUCUCGCCUCCUCCGGCGAUUAUCUCCGACUCUGGGAGGUUCGUGAUAACUCGAUCGAACCCAUCUCUGUUCUCAACAACAGUAAGUCCAGCGAGUUCUGUGCUCCCUUGACAUCUUUCGAUUGGAACGAGAUCGAGCCUAGGAGAAUUGGAACUUCUUCUAUCGAUACCACUUGUACAAUUUGGGAUAUUGAUAAAGGAGUGGUUGAAACUCAAUUGAUUGCUCACGAUAAAGAGGUUUACGAUAUAGCUUGGGGUGAAGCAAGGGUUUUUGCUUCGGUUUCGGCUGAUGGGUCAGUCAGAAUUUUUGAUUUGAGAGAUAAAGAACACUCCACAAUCAUCUAUGAGAGUCCUCAACCUGAUACCCCUUUGCUUAGAUUGGCUUGGAAUAAGCAGGAUUUGAGGUAUAUGGCAACAAUUUUGAUGGAUAGUAAUAAAGUUGUGAUCUUGGAUAUUAGGUCUCCUAGUAUGCCGGUGGCUGAGCUAGAGAGACACCGUGCUGGAGUUAAUGCUAUUGCUUGGGCUCCUCAGAGUUAUAGACAUAUUUGUUCAGCUGGGGAUGAUAGUCAAGCUCUUAUUUGGGAGUUACCUACUGUGGCUGGACCUAAUGGGAUUGAUCCCAUUUCUAUGUACUCUGCUGGCUCUGAAAUUAACCAGUUGCAGUGGUCUGCUGCUCAGCCUGAUUGGAUUGCCAUUGCUUUUUCUAAUAAGAUGCAGCUUUUGAAAGUUUGAGAUGAGGUGAGGCUCUAAUGGGGGAUUGAAGAUGAUGUUGUUGACAUAUAGACCAAACCAAGCCGGUAUUUAGUAAAUAUUUUUCAUUAAUCGGUCAGAUAUGUUCUAAUGUUUUAGGAAGAAGAGUUGUAGUUCUUGCACGUAGCUUGUCUUCGUGGCGAGUUAUAUUUAUUGUUUUAUUACACUAUUUCUGGCUUGGUUUUGUAGGUGUAGUUUUGUGUACCUUAUUUUGUUCUUCACCACAAUCUUUGUGUUAUAUGUAGGCUUGCCUCUCCUCUAAUCUCUUUUGUAUGUGUCCUUGAUAGCUCGAAAUGUUUUACCUAAAGAAAAAGAAUUAAAGGUAGAGAGUAAUUCAGUGAAAGAUUAAGUCUAGUUAACAUUCUUAGAGCAUGAUUAAGCAAGCAAAGAGUUGCUUGUUUUAGAAUUCAUUCAAUUUUGAGUUAGUGACUUGAUUGUGUUAAUUGUUUAUGUAGUUAUUUGGAUUGAGUUUCUGUCUUGGUAAGACUCACUAACAUCUUUGCAAAAUGCUAACCGAACGACAAUUUCGGUAGAGAUUAUGAAAAAAAGGAUUAGUUCUUGUUGCUGUAG